AAAUAACUUUAACAAUUGUUCAAAAUUCUAUUUUUUUUUUUUUUGUGCUAAAUAUUUUCAUUGAACAUAUGCUGCCAUGGAAAAACACUGCAUUUACUUUUAGUCGACUAUAUCUCUUUUAUAUGCUCUUUUACUUUUUUGUCUACGUAAUUUUGUAACUGUAGUGUAGUAUAUAUAUAUAUAUAUAUAUAUAUAUAUUUAUAUAUAUAUUUAUGUGAUAUAUUGUAACCUGUAAAACAACUCUUUUGUGUGCCGGGAAUUGUGACAUUUUUCAUGCGCUAGUGUGUAACGUGUUGCAGUCAUCUUUUUUUUUCCUUCAUUUUUUACUUUUUUUGCUCUCCAUUCUCAUCAUUGUUGCUGUUGGUGUUGUUGCCGUUGUUGCUGGAGUAUAUGAUAAAGUUUUAUGCAGAGUGAUUUUAUUUGAUUUUUUGCUGCUAACCCCGCGCGCGCGUUUACAAACACACAUUCAUCUACGUUUAUAUUAAUAUGGUUUGUGAUGGUAUAUGAUUGCGAGACAAAUUGUUUUGGCAUUUAGCCAAAGAACAAACACAUAGCGAAAGAGUUUAUCUUGAAAAGGAGAAAAAAAAAAAAAAAAAAAACAAAAAAAGAAAAUAAAUAUAAAAACGUUUGGCUUAUAAUAUUUUGGAUGCCAUUGCUUGCGAUCGUUCAUUUAGUGUUCCACGAAUGCUGGCAUUUGGUUUCUUUGUUUUGGGUGUUUGGCCAACAAUAACGAGAUUACUCAGGCCUUCCUUUUCAAAUCUACAAUUGUGUCUACGUACACGCAUUUUCGUGUCUAAAAAUAAAAACAAAAUGCAAUUUGUUUCCUACAAAGCAACGCAAUGGAUUCAAAUCAUAUGAGCAUAUAGAUAAGAGAUUUUCAAAAAAAAAAAAAUAAAAAAAAUAAUUUAAAAGCAAAAGUAGAAAAGUUUUAAAAACUCGCAACAACAACGGAAAAAACAUAACCUAUAAAUUAAAGCAAACACAUGCAACGCAAUGAGUGCCAUAUCUAUAGCCAACGCAAAAGCUUAUGUCUACCAACUAUUAUUGUCUACCGUAUUGUUACAAAUUACUUUAGUCACAAUUGCACAAUUACUACUCGUACUGCCAAUGCCGAUGGCAAAGGCCACAAACGGCUUACGCGUGCCCACCUUUAUACAAGAACCACCGCCUCGUUUACUUUUUAGCAAUGACACCGGCACUCAAGUUAGUUGUACGGCUCAUGGUAAUCCACCGCCAGUUGUGUCAUGGGUACUCAGCGAUGGCACAAUGGCUACACAAGUGCCGGGACUCAGAAAAAUCGCUGGUAACGGUACAUUAUAUUUUCCACCAUUUCUAUCGCAAUAUUAUCGUACAGAUGUUCAUGAGACAACGUAUCGUUGUCGUGCCACCAACGAAGCUGGCACCAUACUAAGUCGAAAUGUACGCGUGCAAGCAGUAGUGCGACGUCAGUUUCAUGUACACGUGGAAAGUACUGAAGUCUUUUUGGGAAAUUCAGCGUUGAUUAAGUGCGCCAUACCGGACUAUGUGCGUACAUAUGUUAAGGUAGCCAGUUGGCAACGUGGCGAUGAGAUACUAUUGCCGGAUCUGUCGGAUGUGGCCGGUCGUUAUGUUGUUCUCUCGACAUCGGGUGAUUUGUAUGUGCGGUCAGUACGCACUGAGGAUAGCUUAGUUAAAUAUUCUUGUUUAGCCACUAAUACGCUUAAUGGUGAUAGACAACGUAGUGAUGCCGUUAUGUUGCAAGUAAAAGAAUUAAGUCAAAAUCUGGCACCACGUACAACGCAGAAGCCGGUUAUGGAUAUUCAUGUAGAACGUGGCAAUGAUGUACAUAUGCCUUGCAAUAUCCAAGGAAAUCCUUUUCCCAUAUUUACGUGGUAUCGUGUUUCAGAUUCAUCAGCUUUGUAUCCCAUACCAUCAUCACAGCGUAUAAUACUUUCGCGUACAUUGUUGCUUAUCAAAAAUGCUGACGAACGUGAUGCUGGCAAAUGGAUUUGUCAAGCAUCGAAUCAAUUUGGUGAGCAGCGCGUGGAGAUACGGUUAUUUGUGAACUCGUAUGUGUCGGUGCAUAUAUUACCACAAGUUCAAAUUGUCAAUUCAGGCGGAAUAGCAAUUUUCAAUUGUUCCACAACGGGCUCGGCAAUCGAUAAUAUCGAGUGGCUGCAUAACGGCAAACCAUUGCAGGAGGAUAAUGCAUUAACUACCGGCAGAGAUAACUUACACUUCUUGUCGAAGGCCUCAUUACUAAUACAAAACGUAGGACGUGGGGAUCGUGGUGUUUACCAAUGCUUAGUGGAAAAUCAUAAGUCAAGUGCUCAAGCUAUGGCUGAAUUGAAACUGGGCGAUACUGUGCCUGAAUUGAUUUACACAUUCAUUGAACAGAACGUACGGCCGGGACCUUUAAUAUCGUUGAAAUGUUCGGCCAGUGGGUCACCGCCGCCACAAUUUUCUUGGUUAUUGGAUUCUCAGCCAAUUAUGGAUGUUUCCUUGCAUCAUCGUUUCGCUAUUGGUCAGUUUGUUGACAUGUCUGGCGAUGUGAUCAGCCAUUUGAAUAUCUCCCACGUAAGACCAGAUGACGGAGGUCUUUACAAAUGCAUAGCUACUAACUCAAUGGGUGGUGUUGAACAUUCCGCGCGUUUAAAUGUUUAUGGUCCUCCGUAUGUGCGAGCUAUCGGUCCUUUGAAAGCAGUUGCCGGUGUAGAUGUUACCGUCUAUUGCCCAUUUUCCGGCUAUCCUAUUGAACAAAUUAGAUGGGAGAAAGGACAUCAUGAACUAACAUCAAACUCUCAUUAUUCUUUGGCACCUGUACAGCAGGGCGGUUAUAUUGUCAUCAAAAACGUCGAGCCAACUCGAGAUCAGGGCAUGUAUACGUGUAUUGUAAAAAGUCGUGCUGGCGAAGAGGCUCGUCGCGACAUGCAAUUGAAUGUUAACAGUCCUCCGGUUAUAGAGCCAUUUAAAUUUCCCAAAAAUUUACAAGAAGGCGGCAGAGCACAAAUAACAUGCGCUGUAUCCUCGGGUGAUAUGCCGAUCUAUUUCAGUUGGAAAAAAGAUGACAUGUCGAUACCAACCACUCUACAGAUUACCGAGAAAAAGGAAGAGUUUUUUUCAUUGUUGGUAUUCAAGGAUAUUAGUGCAAAGCAUAGUGGCAAAUACACCUGCUAUGCCAGUAAUGCAGCAGCGAAGGUGAACUUUACCGCCGAACUGCAAGUGAGAGUUGCGCCACGUUGGUCGUUUGAACCAAUGGAUACAGCCAUCAUGCUUGGCAAUACAAUAUCAAUAAAUUGUGAAGCGGAAGGAUACCCAAUACCUGCGAUUACCUGGUUCAAAGGACAAGAUAAAUUGAAUAAGGACUUUAAAUCGCUAAAUAUGCGCAAUCAUUCAUUGGUCUUAAAUUUUGCCACCGAUAUUGAUGAGGGCUAUUAUAUGUGUCAAGCGACAAAUGAGAUUGGAGCGGGGCUUAAGAAAGUCAUACGCAUAAAUGUUAAUGAACCCGCGCGUUUUGAACAACCCGCUCGGAACGUUUCUUCACGUCGUAACGAUGCGGUUACUGUCGAUUGUCAGGCUAAAGGAGAUGAGCCAAUUACGAUUGCGUGGACUCAUAAUAAUGGGCGUAUUGAUUUGAAUAAUUUCCGCUUUAGUAUAGCUGAGAUGAAGACCGAAAAAGGUGUUGAUUCUCAGCUAACUAUAGCUCGUUCCGAUCGUCAUGAUUCGGGUAUAUACAAAUGCGUCGCAGAAAAUCCCUACGGGCGGGCUGAGCAAAUUAUUUACUUGGCUGUGCAAGAACGUCCUGAUACUCCAUCAAAUUUGGAAGUAUUCGAAGUCGGUUCGCGUACAGUAAAACUUUCGUGGCGUCGUCCAUUUGAUGGAAAUUCACCGGUUCUAUCGUAUUUAGUGCAAUAUCAACCCUUAAAAUAUCUUCAAUCGCAUGCCGCUUUAAAUUUAGCGGGCGGCGAUUGGAGUGGACCGAAUAUCAUUAACGCCACACUGCCAUCGACUAGUGUAAGCAAAAGCUACGAUAGCGAUUUGCGUGAAAGUGCCAUUGUUGCGGGUCUAACGCCAGCGACAACAUUUCUAAUACGAAUGCAGGCCAUUAACGAAAUCGAACGAAGCACAUUCACCGAUCCAAUAGUUUUAAAAACCCAAGAAGAAGCACCCACCGAAGCUCCAUCAAAUGUCCAAGUGCAAACGGGCGGUGAACGUGAAUUAAUUGUUACGUGGCAAAUACCGCCACGUGAAUCCUGGAAUGGUGAGCUCAUUGGUUAUACCGUCAAUUGUACAGAAGAGAAGCAAAAUAUUAACUACAUAAGUGUUGUAAAUAAUUCAUUAAAAUCGGUGAUUGUGAGCGGCUGGGCCACAACCAAGGCCACCCUAAGAGGUUUACGGAAAUACACUAGAUAUGCGGUCACUGUGCGUGCUUUAAACAGUUUCGGUUCAGGGCCAUGGAGUGCGCCUAUCUUUGGCACCACAGCUGAGGGUGUACCUGAGGCAGCGCCGCAACAUGUCAACUGUACUGCAUUAUCAUCUCAAAGUCUGAAAAUAUCCUGGCUGGAGCCACCACUGCAAUUCCAUGGUGGCAUCAUACAAGGGUAUAAAAUUUUAUAUCGUCCGAUUGUGAAUCAAAUUGAUUUUCCAGCUAAAAUGGAAGUGAAGCGCACUUCAAAUUUGGAAACUUAUUUGCACACAUUGCAUAAGGCUACCAACUACUCGUUGCGCGUGUUGGCAUACACGGCCACUGGCGAUGGUGUAGCCAGUCAAGCGUUAUAUUGCCAAACCGAAGAUGAUGUACCGGAUGCGCCAGCCUCAAUUAAAGCAGCUGCUCUAACAGCAGACUCUAUUCUAAUAUCAUGGCUACCACCAAGAAAUCGUAAUGGCAUCAUAACUCACUAUACCGUGUAUUCUCGUGAAGCGGGACGGAAAGGGCCGGCCAAAUCUUAUAUGGUGCGAGUUGAUGAGAACGGUUAUCCGGUCACCUAUGAAGCGCGAGGCUUGGCCGAAAAUCAAAUGUAUGAGUUUUGGGUAUCAGCCUCAACAUCGGUGGGCGAAGGUGAACCAACUUCUGUGGUUGCUCAAGCCACAAAUACACGCGCACCCGCGCGCAUUGCUUCUUUUAGCCAAGUGGUAAGAAAGGCUGUUGGCACCAGCCUUGUAUUGGAGUGCUUGGCGGUGGGUAAUCCGACACCAAGAGCCAGAUGGUUAACAAGAGAUCGACCGGUAACAUUUAGUCCAUUUUAUGAAGUGACAACAGAUGGAAAUUUGAAAAUUCAUCGUGUAGAAGGCAGCCUGUCCGGAAAUUAUACAUGCACAGCCAACAAUCUCUUCGGCAAUGAUGAAAUACAAUAUCAAGUGAUUGCUAUGAAACAGCCCGCUGCACCGCAAAUUAUUGUACAAUAUGCUUCGGCAGAUAGUAUACGUGUCAGUUGGGAUCCGCCAGACGAUGGCGGCGCGCCGUUACAGGGAUAUAGCAUCUUUUAUCGGAUAGCAGGGGAAACAUGGUCCCAAGCGGAAUUGAUGCCAGAAAAUAAUGCCUACACAAUCACGCAACUGAAAUGUGGCAAUCAAUAUAUAAUUAAAAUGUCAGCUCAUAAUUUGGUAGGUGAUGGGGUAGCGAGCGAGGAAAUUAAUGUUUGGACAAAAGGUAAAGCCUCUCAGGCACCUAACGGCAAUGAACUAAUAGUUACAAAUGCAUCAUGUGUUAAUUUAAAAUUGUCAGCAUGGCAUAACGGCGGUUGCCCAAUUCAUCAUUUUUCCAUUGAACAUCGUCCCUUGGGUGACAUACGUUGGACGGUGGUCACGUCAGACAUAUCGAAUGCUGAAGAGAAUCGUGAAAAUUUAAUAUUUUGCGAUUUCCUGCCAGCCAAGUGGUAUCAAUUGCGCAUUUCGGCCACAAACGAUGCGGGGAAAACCACAGAACACUAUCAUUUUGCCACAACGAAUAUUGACGGCGUUACUAUACCACCGCCAUCGGUUUUCCCAUCCGAAACCGAUUUAAUGAAUAACUUGAUAAAUGCAACCAAUCCAACAAAUGGUGAUUGGUUUUCAACAUUAAUUGUUAUUGUCAUAAUAACAGUGGCCAUGAUUACUGUUGGCCUAACAAUUAAACAUCGACGUACUUUGUGUGGUCCCAUGUCAGAGGGCUACGAAUCACGAGCACUGCCAACCGAGUACAAAGAAGACCACGAUAAUCACCGUAAUCAGCAAGUGUACAGUGCUUCGCCUGUUAAAACUGUGGACAAAGCCAAUGAAUCAGAAAUGUACGAGAUUUCCCCUUAUGCAACAUUUAGUGUUAAUGGCGGUCGCACUGGGGCGCCCGCUAAGACAUCAACACGAGGCAUGGCUGCCUCUCCUUUAGAUUAUACAAUGCAAUUUAAGACAUUCGGUCACCCGGAAGGAGAAAAUCUUAAUGCCACCGCUUAUCCUUUAUUGCCAUCAUCCGGUUUCGGUCACAUCAAAUCGAAAUCAAGUUGGCACAAACAGCGUUACUAUAAUACAGACGAUGAUUCCACUUUAAGUAAAUCUUUAACUUUGGUGGCUGGUUCUCAAACGGGUCAUACAAAGAAAUCUGGUCGGUCUGAUGGUGGCCGCAAUAAUAGCAAAUCAGCUGGGGGCACCACUGGAACGACCAGUAGUGCGGGGGCCGGUGGUGGGCAUUGUGAGUCUGAAUCGGAUACUAGCAUUAGUCCUAGUACUGAAUUUUCAAAUAUGCCUACCUAUAGAGUUCCUUGUAAAUCAUCACGCAACUCGGACGGCCGUAGUGGAGUAGAUAUGUUUAGGCCAGAUUCAUCUACUGAAUCAAAUAAUGAUCAAUCCUCACCGGUAGAAAGGAGAGCCAAUUCGCAACGUUUUACCGCUGGCAGCGGGGCUAGCGGAGGCAAAGAUAAUACGACUAGUUCUACUUCGUCAUCAUCAGCUGACAAACGUGUUCAUCCACGAAAUCGUAAACAUCAAGGCCAGCAACAGCAAUCGCAAAUUAUUGUCAAAGAUUCGUUGGAGCGCCGUUUACGUUCUGGAAGUAACAACAGUUUAAACAGUGAAAUUAACAAUUCAGAAACAUCAGCCUCUAUAGCUGCGACCAUUGCAGCGAUGACCGGGGUGAACGGCAAUAUGGGCUUUCGUCCACCCACUGGUUUUAUGGAUUCACGUGAGUUCAGUGAAGCCGAAUGUGAUCACGAACAACGGGCUUUGGACUUGGAAGUACAACGAGUUAUGGAAAAUACCGAUGGUCAGUUGAGUAAAGUUGACAGAGAGGAACUCAGCUCGCUAUUAGCGCGAUAUCAUGAAAAGAAGGAACAAGAACGACAAGAGUUUACUAUACACGUAUAGGACGAUGUUCAAUGUGCAGACGAAUGAUGACCGGCACUGGGGACGAGUAAGUGAUGUAGUAAGUGGAGAGAAAGAACAAUUGAAAGUAUAAAAGAAGAAACCUCGUAAAAAUGAUAAAACAAAAGUAGUUCAAUAAAUAAAUAAGCAUAAGUAGGUCAAAAGCAAGAAAAAUGAAGAGAAAUGGACAUAUUUUUCAUUUUAUUAUAAAUAUAAUCCAUUACAUGAAAGGCACGUUAACUUGAGGAAGUGAUAGAUGAUAGGAAUUUUUUUUUAUUCAUUAAGUUUUUAAAAAUUUAAUCGACCUAUGACAUUAAAUUAACCUUAAACUAGAUAUUUCUACGAUCAUAAAUGAAAUUUUAGAAAUCAUUUUUGACCUGUAAGUCUAGUCUGAUUUUGAAAACGAGGAGCAAUCCUCUUUUUGUUACCCACCAAGAAUAGCAGCGUCCAGACUGUUAAAUAAGCUCCUAUUAAUUGCUUAUAUAACUAUUUUCGCUUGCUUAGGAAUAGGUCUGAUUCUUGCCUAUUGCAAUAUGAACUCAAACAAAUGAAGAAAACGUUCAUCUUUUCUCCUGCACAGAUUUUAAACAUAGCUAAAAAUUGAUAAGAAUUCAUAGCAGGUUUUUUUCGUUAAUCAUGGGCUCGUUAACAAGCCUAGUAUCUUGUGAUAAUAUCAACUGAUACAGGGGCAGGGGCAAUUUUUAUGUU